CGCUCGCGUCCUCACGGCAAGGACCCCACGGAGGGCUGCCCGGCCGAACGCCUGAAGGACCCCGCUUAGUCGGCAAGGCCAGCUAUCGCAGUGCCUGGUGGCCGCGCGGGGAGGUCCAGGUGACUCGGACCCGAACUCCAGCUGGACUGGAACUCUGAAUAGACCAGAAUCUGGGGUGGCUUAGGCCUCGGCCGGUUCGCGUGGCUGCAGGCCUAGAGAAACGGAGGAGCAGAGAGGGAAGGAGGCGCUGCCAAAAGCUGAGGCUGGGAGCCUGCGGUAUUGGAAGGCGGAGCCUCGGGUGUCGGUGGGAGGAGAAGGGCUGCAGGUUCCGGAGGCACUUGGGAGGACAAGGGGCGUGGCUGGCGCCCUCCGGGAAGCAGAGACCUAGGCACCCUUGUGGGGGCAAACGCCCAGGCAGCUUCUAAAAUUUGUAAUUGUCUAAUGGCGCGAGUUUAAGUUGAGCGAGUUUCUCGACCUUUCAGCAUUUGCUGUAAACCAAGAGCCAGGACAGGCAUAAUUUAGCUGGCCUUAGGACUGCCUCCCCAGAAUAGCUCCCAGCACCCUGGCUUUGGAAUAGGUGGAUCAGAUUCAUUAAUUAACAAAUACUGUGGGAACAGUUUUUGUACCCUUGUAGCAAGGCUGUUUGGGAAUGUAAAUUAUAAAUUCUCUGAUGGGAGUACUGGCAGAGACAGGAGGGAGAUGACUUCGAUCUUGCGGAGCCCUCAGGCACUCCAGCUCACUCUGGCACUGAUAAAGCCUGAUGCAGUUGCUCACCCACUGAUUCUAGAGGCUAUUCAUCAGCAGAUUCUGAGCAACAAGUUCCUUAUUGUACGAAUGAGAGAACUUCUGUGGAGAAAAGAAGAUUGCCAGAAGUUUUAUCAAGAGCAUGAAGGACGUUUUUUCUAUCAGCGGCUGGUAGAAUUCAUGGCCAGCGGGCCAAUCCGAGCCUACAUCCUUGCCCACAAAGAUGCCAUCCAGCUCUGGAGGACAGUGAUGGGACCCACCAGAGUGUUUCGAGCACGCCACAUAGCCCCAGAUUCAAUUCGUGGGAGUUUUGGCCUCACUGACACCCGUAAUACAACCCAUGGCUCUGAUUCUGUGGUUUCAGCCAGUAGAGAGAUUGCAGCCUUCUUCCCUGACUUCAGUGAACAGCGAUGGUAUGAGGAAGAGGAGCCCCAGUUGCGAUGUGGGCCUGUGCACUACAGUCCAGAGGGAGGCAUCCACUGUGCAGCUGGAACAGGAGGCCCAGGGCCAGCCUGACGCAGGCCUCUUGGUCUGUGAAGACUGAUGGCAUUGCCCAUCCUUUCCUAGACCUCUGGUCCACAGCAUUCUCUUAGAACCAGGGAGGCCUGGGGCUCAUCACACCAUCUCUGCAGGGCACUGCCACCUGCCGGAUAGCUACCUCCUCACUGCCAACUCUUCUAGAAUCUAACUGUCUACCUCUUCUCUGGAAUAUUGAUGGGUGGUUCAGAGGAAUGAUGGCUCCUUUUUUUUUCUAAGAACUCUUCAUCCUUUUUCAAGCAGAAGCUUGCCUAGCUGACUUGCCAAAAAGAUGCAGUGACUCUGUAUUAGUAACAUUUGUCCUGUUUUCCUUAAUAAAAGUCAGUGUUCUACUGAAUUCUC